GAUUUAUUUUAUAAACAAAUAAGAGGAAUGUGAAUAUUUUUUAAAUGGAAUUUUGAGAUUUUUGGAAGAUCUAGAUUUAGUAAUGGAGGGUUUAUUUCUAAUAUUAUUUAGCUUUUCUCUUUUGUUUCUGACAGUUUCAGCUGAUAUCGGAGACAAGUUAUCGUAUUAUGAAAUAAUAACAACUCCAGAAACGAUUGGUCGAUAUCGACGUAGUAUUUAUACAGAUGAGCAACAUGACGAUAACGAACAGCUCAUUAAAGAAAUAACACUCACAGCUUUUAACAGGUCAUUUCAUUUAAUAUUGAAACCAAGAACAGAAAUAUUUUCACCAAAUUUUAAAAUCAGCGUCGUUCAUUCUGAUGGCAGUGAAACAAUUGCAGCUUUACAAGAAGGAAAUUUCUAUGAGGGUAAAGUACAAGAUGAAGAGGAUUCUGAAGUACAUGGUUAUUUUGAAGAUGGAAGUUUUACAGGAACUAUUUUAUUGGACGGAGAGUUGUAUAUUAUUGAGUCGGCAUGGAGACAUAUAGAUGAUAAGAAUCAUGGGAUAGGAAGUGGUAAAAUGGUGGCCUAUCGUGGUUCAGACAUGCAAUGGCCAGACAAAGGACAAGAUCGACAUAGUUAUUGUCAAUCAGCUCGAGUUGACAGUAACGAUGAGAUGUCAGAUACGUCAACUACAGAAUCAAAACCGAACUCGGACACACAGAAACGGAAGAAACGAGCCACACCGACUAAAAACACCUGUACACUGUUUGCUGUAGCUGAUUAUAAAUUCUACGUAGCGAUGGGUAGAAGUGAUAUUUACAGAACGGCCAGUUAUCUCGUUGGUGUGAUCGAGAGAACAGACGCUAUUUAUCGUCAGACUAACUGGGGUGGAACUCAACAACUUACUGGACUUGGUCUAGAAUUAGGACUGAUUCGUAUACACGACGCUCCAACAAUUAGUACAUAUCAUUAUAAUCAGGCUAAAAACGACUGGGCAACUGGAGAUUUUCUUGAUGCGUUUGGACGAGAUGAAACGUUACAGAAUUAUUGUGUGGGACACUUGUUUACACAUCAGAGUUUUACCAACAAUGUUUUAGGUCUGGCGUAUAUUUCACCUGCUAGAACAUCUGGUCUCGGUGGUAUAUGCUCCCCAAGUCAGACGUCCGGUGGUAUAGUGAGGAGUUAUAACACUGGUUGGACUACAACGAAAAAUACCGGUGGUGAUACCGUUUUAACUCAACAAGCUGAUUUAGUUACAGCUCAUGAAAUUGGUCAUAAUUGGGGUAGUGAACAUGACAGUGAUACAGGAAACUGUGCCCCUUCCAGUAUAUUCGGUGAUGGUAAAUAUCUCAUGUACCCAUUCUCAGUUACAGGAUAUGAUUCAAAUAAUUUCAAAUUUUCUGAUUGUAGUAAAGUUUCUGUACAGAAAGUUUUGGCGGCAAAACUUGAUUCUUGUUUUAAAGAGCCUACUCCAGUGACGUUAUGUGGUAAUGGUAAAAUCGAUGCUGGUACUGAUGAGGAAUGUGAUGCCGGAUUUCUGGGAAAAUACGGGCAGGAUAAAUGUUGUAACUCAUUUUGUAAACUUACCGCUACGUCUGAAUGUAGUCCUGUCAACCAUGAAUGUUGUUUAAACUGUCAAAGAGCACCUGUUGGUACCGUCUGUAGAAACGACACGUUUAGUUCGUGUAAAACAAUCAGCUAUUGUCCAGGAAAUAGCUUAGAUUGUCCAGCCUCUUUAAAUGCUGAUGACGACACAUCUUGUAUAGACAGUGGUGUAUGUCGAGGAGGGGCGUGUCUAGGAAUCUGUGAAGGUCAAGGUCUUCAACCCUGUGUUUGUGAAGAAGUGUCAACAUCUUGUUUACGUUGUUGUCGGAAUUCAACCCAUGGAGUAUGUAAUCACUUGAAACCACAAACAUCGCUACCUCAUGGAAGACCCUGUGCUCAAGGCUACUGUGUGGCUGGAAGUUGUAAGAAAGCUGCCCAGAGUUUGGUAGAGAGAUUAUUUAAUUUAAUAGACAAUAUCUCUUUAGAUGCUAUUUUGAUAUUUUUUAGAGAUAAUAUUGUGGGUUGUGUGAUGAUUUUUACCCUGAUUCUGUGGAUUCCUAUUUCAUGUGGAAUAUCAUAUUGGGAUAGAAAACGAGAAAGAAGGUUUAACAAUAUAAUGGAUAUUGAACCUAGAACGGAUCGUAUGUUUGUUUAUGAUGAAGAUAAAAGACGUGUGAAAGUUCCCGAUCAACAUGUAAGGCCGAGAACACCAAAAGAAAUUUUCAUAGCUCGAUCACAUAAAAAAUAUUAAUGGCAAACAAUCAAUUUUUGUACACAAUAACACAGCCAAAAUAUAAAACAGUCAAUUAGUAGCCAAAACUAUAUUAAAGGGACAUGACAGUUUUCGCUAUUAUAGUUAAAAGAUAGAUAACAUCAAGAGAGAAUUUCAGUCAAAUUACUGAGCCGAGAAAACUGCAUUUGAAAAACACUGUAACCUCGAUUGUCAUUGUCCAGAUUAUAUAUUUUGAUGGUUAAUCAUAAAUAGCCAUUGAAUUGCAGAUCUGUUUAAAGUCGUACCCAUCAGAUGGCAUCAAGAGUUGAUUAUGGUCUUGUUAUGUUUAUUAAUGUCAUGUUAAUUAAUGUCUAAUUAAUAGUUUAAAGAAAGACUUGUAAUAGGCAGAUUUAGCUUUUGCAUAAUGUAUGAUUAAGUCUGGAAAAUUGUGAUACAAUAUUGACCUAGCAUCUGACCUUUAAUGGUGUGCCCAUGGCUGCAGUAACCAUUACACAAACUAAGCACAUGCUUGGGGCAUAAUGGGGUGGGGGGACACAGAAUUUCUGCUUUGUUAAAUAACUCUGAAAUAUGACUAUUAUGAAAACCCUGAAAUAUGACUGUAAUGGUAGCCCUGAAAGAUGACUGUAUCGAUAGCCCUGAAAAAUGAAUGUUAUGGUAGCCCUGAAGUAUGACUCUUAUGGUAGCCCUAAUAAAUGACUGUAACGAUAGCCCUGGAAUAUACCACCAGCAUAAUCUAUAUGUUGUGUCUGACAAAGUUUAAACAGGCUUCAGGUACAAUAUGAUGAAAUGUUACUUAUAUAAAUAUAGUUAUAAAUGUUAUUUAUACAAAUAGUUAUAAACGUUACUUAUAUAAAUACCGUUAUAAACGUUACUUAUAUAAAUACAGUUUUAAACGUAAUGUUAUCCAUAAUAAUGGUUACAGUUACAAAGGGUAAUUGAUAGACUGCUGUUAAAUUAUUUAUUCCUACAUUUUUGAUACUCAAUCAUUGUAAUUGUUUUUUUUAUAACUGUCUUUAUUUUGUAAAUAGUGUUUUUAAAGCAAGUUUUAUAAAUAGUGUUUUUAAAACAGUUUUUUGUGAACAGUGUUUUUGACACAGUUUUGUAAAUAGUGAUUUUAAAACUGUUUUUGUGAAUAGUGUUUUUAAAGCAGUUUUUUCUGAACUGAAUAGAAUAAGUAUCAUUGUUUGUAUUUUUGUCUAGGGCAAAGUUUGUUUUAUAUCAGUGUUUAAUAGAGUAGGGUGGGGAUGUCCCAAUGAUGCAAGUGACUUGAAAGUUAUACCCACCUGUAACAAGAAGUAGGCCAUGCACCUGCAUAAUUCGUUUAUUCCAGGUGAUAGAAAAACUUUCAUUAACAUCUGGAGUACGAGAGAUUUGAGGCGAGAGGUUUGAGGCGUCAAGUAGGCCUACAUCCACGAAACCUGUGUCAAAAUGUUUCUUAGAAUCACCAAUAAAUCCGCUUAUGAGUAGUCUAUUUAUGGGAUUAACCCACUUCUGAGUAGGUCAAAGGUCACAAUUGGUUGGCCACGCCCAAUCUAUAUUAAAUGCAAAACGCAGUACAUGCACAAAAUGGGCAUUCAAACUGUUCCUUGGGACCCCCUAGGGCAAUGUGAAUCCUUCUGAGUGAGUACUUUUGGGAAUUAACCCGCUUUAGAGUAGGUCCAGGGUCACCAUUGGUCGGCCACGCCCAAUCGUCCACUGUACUCGAGUUGUUAAUGAAAUCUUUGUUAGACUCAAGCUCUGAUUGAAAGCAGAUUAAUGAAAUAAAACAUCUACCACAUGUUAGUCCCAGAAUAGGACAAUCUAAUUAAAACACAGAUCCAAUUUCGUUUCGUUUUUAUAGUUCAAAAUUUCGAUUUUAUUUGUCUUUACUACACUUGGUAGGCCAUCAAAAGUAUAAAAAACGAAACGAAAUAUAGAUCUAUAUUUUAAUUAGAUUGAGAAUAGGAGAUAGUUGACUUUACAUAUCACCCGGCUCAACAUUGUAUUACUGAUUUAUAUAAAAGUUUAAAUUGACUGUGAUAUUAUAUGUAUAUUUAUAGAGAUAUAUCUUUUAGAUUUAUUUUUGUUUUAUAUAGAUGUAUGUGUUAACGCUAGGUUCCCACUGUCGUGCGAUGUGUUACGAUAGGAUUAUUCCUAUAUUGAGUCCACGAUCUGGUAUACGUGCCGAUACGUUAAUCGGACGCGUUUCAAUACGAUCAACACGAUUGCUACAACUGAUCUCAAUAUGUGAUGAGACCUGAUAGGAUCACCACGGUUACUCCACGAUUAAAACCACGAUUUCAAUCGCAGCGCGAAUCGUGAUGCUGGGAACCUAGCAUUAGUAAAAUAAAAUGGUGUUAAAAUUGAA